GAUUAUGCAGGAGGGUUAGGGAAAGGCUCCAUGUGACCCUCUUGGAUGGGACUCCGCAGCUGCUCGAGGAGCCAAACUCUCUCACCAAACUCUGCGCCCCAGAGCAUCCCCCUGCCAAGGGGUACCCCUCCUGCUCCCGUUGAAAAGCCGGCGUCCACACACCGCCGCGUCACUCUGCGGGCGGAGAUACGCCUGUGCUCAUCCUCCCCGCCGCUCGCCGCCGGCACUCCGGCCCCCUUAAGUAGUUGGGGUUCCCGAGAGCUCCCACCCAGAGGCAGCGAUGCAAACCAGCCGGGCUCCGGCCACCAGCGUCAGCGCGGAGAGCUGCAUCCCGGCCGGGCUGCGCCUGGGCCCCGUGCCGGGCACCUUCAAACUGGGCAAGUACCUGUCAGACCGCAGGGAGCCAGGACCCAAGAAAAAGGUGCGGAUGGUGAGAGGGGAAUUAGUGGAUGAAGCCGGGAGCUCAGCUCUGGAGUGGAUAGGGUUAAUCCGGGCUGCCCGAAACUCCCAGGAGCAGACACUGGAGGCUGUUGCGGAUCUGCCAGGAGGACAGAAGUUUCCUUUCUCCCCCUCCCAGAUUUUCUACCGGGCGCUGCGAGAUGUCCAGCCGGGAGAGGAGCUCACCGUCUGGUACUCCAACCCCCUGGCUCAGUGGUUUGACAUCCCCGUCACGGCCACCCCGACGCACGACGAGAAAGGGGAGGAGCGGUACAUCUGCUGGUACUGCUGGAGGACCUUCAAGUACCCCAACAGCCUCAAGGCCCACGUCCACUUCCACUGCGCCCUGAGCCACGGCCGGCCCUUCCUCCACCACGACCACGGCCGGCCCGCCGCCGCCGCCUUCGGCCUCCCCGCCAAGGAGCCGCCGGCCGCCGCGCUGCGCGGCCACCCGCCCGCCGGCUGCGGCCCGCGGGAGCCCGUCAAGCGGGAAGCCGCCGCCUCCCCGCCGCUCGCCAAGCCGGGGCUGCCCAGGCGGGCGGCGGGCAAGGAGGAGCAGGAGCGAGCCCUGGACAUGAGCGUGGGGGCCGCCCGCGGGCCGGGCCCGCUGCUGGGGCCGGCGGGCGGCAACGGGCUGGCGCUCCGCCCCGGGGCGCGCUCGGCUUUCCGCCCCGCCGGGCCGCUGCGGGAGGAGGCGCGGGGAGCCGCCGCCGCCGCCGCCGCCGCCGCCGCCCUCGGCUUCUCCAAACUGCUGGGGGGGCUGAGGGCGGGACGCGCCGCCGCCGAGGCGCCGCCCAAGUGCGGGGCGCUGCCGGGCGAGGCCGCCCCCCCGGCGGCGGCGGCGGCGGCGGGGCUGGCGUGCGGCGGCGGGCUGCGCGCCUUCCCGCUGCUCUCGCCCUUGGAGGAGGCCUCGGCUUUUCGGCAGGUGGAGCGAGGGGCGCCGGGCGCCGCGCUGCCGCCCGCCCGCUACCCGCCGGUGCCCGGCGGCGCGCUGGAGCGCUUCGCGCUGCCGCCCUUCGAGGGGCUGAGGGCGUACGCGGGGGAGUGCGGGCUGCCGGUGAUGCCGCUCACCGUCUGCAACGGGGAGCUGCUCUACGGCGCCGCGCCUUACUACCCGCUGAAGCUGCACCUCGGCGGCCUCCUCAAGUACCCGGAGUCGGUGUCGUACUUCGGGGGGCCGGCGGCGGGGCUGCACGCCGCCGAGCUGGGCUCGCUGGCCAGCAUCGACCGGGAGAUCGCCAUGCACACGCAGCAGCUCUCCGAGCUGGCGGCCGAGAAGGGCCGCGGGCGGCUGGAGGCGCUGCCGGCGGGGGCGGCGGGCGGGAAACCCAAAACCGGGCACCUUUGCCUCUACUGCGGGAAGCUGUACUCCCGCAAGUACGGGCUGAAGAUCCACAUGCGGACUCACACCGGCUACAAGCCGCUCAAGUGCAAGGUCUGCCUGCGGCCCUUCGGGGACCCCAGCAACCUCAACAAGCACAUCCGCCUGCACGCCGAGGGCAACACGCCCUACCGCUGCGAGUACUGCGGCAAGGUGCUGGUGCGGCGCCGGGACCUGGAGCGGCACGUCAAGUCCCGGCACCCGGGGCAGAGCCUCGGCAAGGCGGCCGAGGACAGGAGUGACUCUGGCUACGCGCACCCCGAGCAGGAGGAGCAAAAGACUGACAACGAGAGCGACGUGGACGUCUGCUUCACCGACGACCAGAGCGACGCGGAGAGCGGCAGCCGGCACCGCCAGCAGUGAUGCGGGAGCCGGCCGGGGCGGGGAGCACGCCGCAAACACAUCC